AUGGCCCAAGCACUGUCAAUCUUCUCACAGCUGUGGCACCUUUGCAGUCUCAGCGUCUGGCUCGCUGUUCAUACCGGUUUAUGGAUCCUCAAAAUCCGCCGACGUCUUCGCGAUGAAGGAGUCCUCUACCCUUCCGCGUUAUUGGCAGUCGGCUUUGUCACGUUAUUUUUGCCUCGAGGAGCAUACAACACCAAGGGCCAUGAGCAGGUCUUUCCUAUUUGGAUCACUCUGGGAGAUAUGUUUACCGUCGUGCCAAAUCUGGCGAUAUUUGGAGUGGUGAAUGUUGCUGUUUUCGCAAUGGUAAAAGCUGGAAUCAUGCAGUGGGCUACGAGAGCUGGUAGUUUACAUCCGCAGCCAUUCACAUGGUACCACGAAUGA